AUGCGGGUCUUCAGACCUGCCCCGCCCGGUCGUCGCAGAGUGCCCACACACAAAGUGCUUUGCUCCCCAGCCCAGUUUCCUAGCAGCGCCACCCAGAGGCAUCCAGAGGAAGUAACUCUGACCUGUGAUGGAGGUUCUAGCUGUGAGAGAAGAUUCAGUGAAAGGAAUGUGUCAGGUCAGGAACAAGGAAAGAUCGAUGUGAUCUUCAACGUGGGGACAGAUGACAUCACCAUUGGCGAGCCGGCUGUCAUAGUUAGCGAUGGCAAGUACCAUGUUGUGCGCUUCACACGCAGCGGUGGCAACGCCACCCUCCAGGUGGACAACCAACCUGUCAUCGAACGCUACCCGCCAGCCCUCACAUUCUGUUGUCUGUUUCCCGUCCCCAAGAACCUCACAUUCUGUCGUCUGUUCCCCGUCCCCAAGAACCUCACAUUCUGUCGUCUGUUUCCCAUCCCCCAGAACCUCACAUUCUGUCGUCUGUUCCCCGUCCCCAAGAACCUCACAUUCUGUCGUCUGUUCCCCGUCCCCAAGAACCUCACAUUCUGUUGUCUGUUUCCUGUCCCCAAGAACCUCACAUUCUGUCGUCUGUUCCCCGUCCCCAAGAGCCUCACAUUCUGUUGUCUGUUUCCCGUCCCCAAGAACCUCACAUUCUGUUGUCUGUUCCCCGUCCCCAAGAGCCUCACAUUCUGUCUGUUCCCCGUCCCCAAGCCCUCACAUUCUAACCUCACAUUCUGUCGUCUGUUCCCCGUCCCCAAGAACCUCACAUUCUGUCGUCUGUUCCCCGUCCCCAAGAACCUCACAUUCUGUCUGUUCCCCGUCCCCAAGAGCCUCACAUUCUGUUGUCUGUUUCCCGUCCCCAAGAACCUCACAUUCUGUCGUCUGUUCCCCGUCCCCAAGAACCUCACAUUCUGUCGUCUGUUCCCCGUCCCCAAGCCCUCACAUUCUGUCAACCUCACAUUCUGUCUGUUCCCCGUCCCCAAGAACCUCACAUUCUGUCUGUUCCCCGUCCCCAAGAGCCUCACAUUCUGUCGUCUGUUCCCCGUCCCCAAGAACCUCACAUUCUGUCGUCUGUUCCCCGUCCCCAAGCCCUCACAUUCUAACCUCACAUUCUGUCGUCUGUUCCCCGUCCCCAAGAACCUCACAUUCUGUCGUCUGUUCCCCGUCCCCAAGAACCUCACAUUCUGUAGUCUGUUCCCCGUCCCCAAGAACCUCACAUUCUGUUGUCUGUUCCCCGUCCCCAAGAACCUCACAUUCCCGUCUGUUCCCGUCCCCAAGAGCCUCACAUUCUGUUCCCUCACAUUCUGUCGUCUGUUUCCCAUCCCCCAGAACCUCACAUUCUGUCGUCUGUUCCCCGUCCCCAAGAACCUCACAUUCUGUCGUCUGUUCCCCGUCCCCAAGAACCUCACAUUCUGUCUGUUCCCCGUCCCCAAGAGCCUCACAUUCUGUUGUCUGUUUCCCGUCCCCAAGAACCUCACAUUCUGUCGUCUGUUCCCCGUCCCCAAGAACCUCACAUUCUGUCGGAACUUUGAUAAUGAGCGCCUGGCUAUUGCUAGACAAAGAAUCCCAUACCGACUUGGUCGGGUAGUUGACGAGUGGCUACUCGACAAAGGACGACAGCUGACCAUCUUCAACAGCCAAGCAGCGAUAAAGAUCGGGGGUCAGGAUAAGGGCCGGCCGUUCCAGGGCCAGAUCUCUGGUCUCUACUAUAACGGCCUGCAGGUGCUUAAGCUGGCGGCAGAGAGUGACCCCAGUGUCCAGGCUGAGGGGAACCUGAGGCUGGUGGGAGACUCACUGUCAGUGCUGACCACUGAGACCACCUCCACCACCCCACUGGCUGUCUCCGACAUGUCCACCACCAUCAUGGAGACCACCACCACCAUGGCCACCACCACCACCCGCAGGCAACGCUCCCCCAGCAUGAGGGAGAGCAUCUCCCAGUCUCAGAACUCGGAUGACAUCUUGGUGGCGUCUGCUGAGUGUCCCAGUGAUGACGAGGAUCUGGAGGAGUGUGAGCCUGGAACAGGAGGUGAAUUAGUGUUGCCUAUAAUAACAGUGGAUUCCCUUGAGCCCCCAUCCAUCGCCACCCGUCACCCUGCUUUCCCCCCUCCUCCCACCUCCCUGUCCCCACUUGAGACCACCAAAGAGUCCCUGAUGCUGUCCAACCCUCACCCUCCCUGCCCCUCGGACCAGGAGGACUGCGGUGACCCUGUGGAGGUCUCAGCCUUUGGUUCGGGGGAGUUGACGGAAUCAGAUGACGAGGACUUUUACAAAAACUCCCCCCUGGUCACUGACAGGACAGUCCUGCCUCCUCCUCCCCCCGCCGCUGGUGAGGGCCGGGCCCAGAAACCCCAUAAUCCCCGCCCCCCUCCUUCUGCUCCCACCACCAACCCUGACCAGCUCCACAUCCCCGCGGGCAAAAUGAACACCCGUGACCAGGUGCUUCUGCCCCCCGUCCCUCCAUCAUCUCGGAAUACACCAGGACUAACCUACCCCCCCAAUUUCCCCCAUGUGCCCACAGCCGACCCUACAGCCCCUGGUGAGAAGAUCAUAUAUCCCGGCCUGGUGGAUAGGAUCGGGGAGUCCAGUAGCACCACAGGGAUGGUGGUUGGUAUUGUGGCAGCUGCUGCCCUCUGCAUUCUCAUCCUCCUCUACGCCAUGUACAAGUACCGCAACCGUGACGAGAGCUCCUACCGGACGGACCAAGGACACAGCUUCAUCAACAACCCAGUUGCUGAGGUCAACGGGGCCAUGGUCAAGCUAGAGAAGACACCAAGUAUAACGUCUACAGUAGCCAAGGCUGUCACCAAGGGCAACAAGAACAAACAAAAAGAGUAUUACGUCUGAGAGAGGGAAGAAGAGAGAAGGAGAGCAAGAGAGAGAUAGGCUAGAGGAAAAUCAUGGAAAGGGGGUUCUCCCAAUUAAAAUUCCACAUUAUCCACUAGAUAAACAUCCAAAGUUUAGGGGGUAAUUGUUACAUUUGUGCCACAAAACUAACAAAAAAAACAACUUGCCAUCAGUAUUUUCACAGUUCCAGGUCAAUUAUAUAUUUUUAAUUUCUAUCACAUACCAAGUACUGUAUUGGUUAACAUACAAUUUCUUAUUGGAUUAGAAGCCUAUCCAUUUGCUGUCUUUGUAUAUAGCACCCCACCUAUCAACUGUAUGGUUAUGGUUCACGGUGAAAACUAAGCUGAGACCAUUGUACUAUAGAAACAGAUUUGCAUGAAUGUCAGUUCUCAAGAAUCUCAAGUCUCUCUGUCUUCUAAUAACGUCAGAGGUAUCGGUGUGUACCGAUUGGUCAUUAUGGUAAAUAACAACAGAGCAACCCAAUAGCGUUUACUAGAAUAAACAAAAGCCAUACCCAUACUUGGAGACUGAGUGACCCACCUUCUCAGCAGACUAGUCUACCCCAUUGUGUGUUAGCCCGUGUUAACAACUUUCCACUCAGUCUAUCUCUCUGGUUGUCCAUGGUGAAAUGUUGAUGGUUGAAUAUCAUUGAACCAUGUUUUAAGCAUAAUUAUGUAUUUCUUUCCACGUGGAAAAUACAGGUUUUCAAAAGUAAUAUACAAUUCACAGCUUAAUUUAGCCAACAACCCCUCUAUCUGGAUGAAUGAGAUGAGCCAUAUUCUCUCAUCUCUGUGUGAGGAGAGAUCUACAGAGAUCUACAGUGUGUCAUUCCAUCCAGGAGGAAGUUCCUCAAAAUGCUACUGUAGCAAAGACAUUGCUCUGUAAACAUUUUUGUAUGUAAAGACGUCUUGGGAUUGAAAAAGCUUUGCUCGUUUGUUCUCUGGAGUACAUAGACUAACAGACAUGAAAAAUACACUUCAUGUGAGAGAUGUUCUGCCUCCACGGUUACCACUGUCAACACUCCAGCCAGAUCCCCCAUGAGGAGAAGUAGAGAGUGAAUAUGAAAGGGAGCUUCAGGACACAGAUUCACUUUUGAAUAACUUUUUCUAGUGGUUCCUGGGGAGGGGGAGAUGCCCAACCUUGUGUCAAGAGGCUGGCUUUCCCUUCCUUCUUCAAUAUUGACACAAAAACUGGAAAGGCACAAACAGUAGAAACAUAUCUUUGAGAGAUAAACAAGUGUUUCCUUAGAAAGCAAACUGAACAUGUAUUCUGGUUUUUAUAUCCAUGAAUAAAAUACUAUUCUGUGAGACACAUUAUUGAAGGUUUGUGAAUUGUAUAGCUAUUUCUCAGAUAUUUCGGUGUUUCUCUUGUUAGCAUUCCUCUUUAACAAAAUAAGGAGUUCAGUUGUUUAUGUUGCCUUUUACAAUCAGAUACAGAUUUGUCUAUGAUGAGACAACAUUGUCUGACUGCAGAAACCCAUAUUCAGCAUUUUCUUUUUCAAUGUUGAAUGGCAUUACAUUUCCGUUAAGGACUGGUUAGUGAUGGUAUGUAAACGUUUCAAGAGAAAACACAACGGAUGAUGUGUACUUUGUUUUUUCUUGGUUCUUCAUGUACAUUGAAAAACAUGUCUCUCUUUGUCUGUCGUGUUGACAUUCUCUCCGUUGUAUUAUGUUAAUAUUUUCCAUUUCUGGGAUUUCCUCUUAUUCUUUUAUGAAGUGCCAUUUAACACUGCUCCAGAGUAUAUUCCUGUCCUCACUCAAUGAUAUUGUAAAGUGUUACUGUGAAAUGAAUCUUAAUAUGUGUACAGUACAUUGACAGAUGGGAAAUACACUUGGUAAUAUACUUUGUAUACUCCUGUGUUGUGUGGCUUUUUUAUGGGUACAAAUG